UAUAUCCAAUCAGUGUCUUAGCUGUCACAACACCAAAGCAACAACCGCAACUGCAUACUAGACGAUUACCAAAAAGUCUACCACUCUCUCUUUGAUCCACUGCAAACAACUUCGCCUUACUCGAUCGAGACCACACCCUUCUCGUCUUAGCCAUGUCCGCCGUGCCCAAGUCCCAGACUGGAGUCAGCGAGAACCCCGCAAAGACUGCCGUCGCUCUCUCCGUGAGCAAGGAGACUGUUGCCAAAGAUGUUGACCGCAAGAUUCGAUUCUUCGGUAUCAUCCAGGCUUUCCGCGAGGGCAAGUACCCCGACAACAAGCAGUGCGACGAGGCCCUUCGCUACAUCGAGCAGAACAGCCCCGUCAAUGUCAGCGAGCUGUCCAGUGACGGUAAGAAGCUCGUAGAGGACUUCCGUGCCAUCAUUGUCACAUCUCGCCAGAUGCUCCUGGAGAAGAAUGCCAACGAGGAGGCCCAGAACUUCCUGUUUGCCACACGCAAGUCUUCCGUAGCCGACAAGGCCGGUGUCCAGGCACCCGUGUCCAAGACCGAGGCUCAGAAGGACGCCGAGGCCGCUGGCCAGGCUUUCCAGACCCUGCUCAAGCUCUUCCUGCGCAACGGAGAGUUCCGCAAGCUCAUCGAGGAUGCUGGUGUCAUUGGUCGAGACAUCUUCGCCGAUGCCGCCGUCAAGGCAGGUGACAUUGCUCGCCCCGACCAGGACCGACUGGCCCAGGCCGACCAGCCUGCCCCUCACAAUGAGUUCCACGACGACAUUCCCAGCGCCCUCCAGUCCAAGUCCCCCGAGCAGAAGGAGGCCGACAGGAAGAAGGUCGAGGCCGAGGCCGCUCAAGCCAAGGCUCGCGCCGCCGAGGCCGCCAACCAGGUCGACCCCAAUGACCCCAUGCACCCACAGAGCCAGGACGCCGUGAAGCAGCAGGCUCAGGUUCAGAAGGACGCCCUGCUCAACAAGAUUCCCCAGGAGCACAGGGAACGACUUGAGGAGCACAAGGACAAGACCAUCAACUACUUCCAGGACAAGUUCCCCGAGGAGCGACGAGACCACUUCAUCUACCGACUGAAGAAGGUCAUCGUCGAGUGCCAGAGGCACCGUGAUUGGCAAGACUCGGUUGGCUACCUGAUCACCUACUUCGAGACCUACAAGGGCCACGCCUCUCACAUCCAUGACCAGACCGUUGGCUCUGCCCAGAACGUCCGUGGAGAAGGCAACGUUCAGUCCGCCGAGAACGCUUUCCGAACUCUGCUCGAGCGAUUCUCCAACGGUCGCCCCACUCAGCCCAUCCUAGAUGCCGUUGACCAGCUUUACACCGACGCCAAGAACGACCCUGAGCUGAGGGACUGGUUCUCCCGCAUGGACAACUACAUUCGCCGAUGCCUUCUCGAGCCCGGCUAUAUUAUGAAGGACGAGGCCAACUCCUCUGCACGCUCUCUGCAGGAAAGCGGCAAGAUCUUCUUCACUUCGCACGGUGGCUCGCAGCGAGAGCAGGGCAAGUACAAGCCCCACGUCGACCGCCUGUUCGAUGAGAUCACCACAUUCACCAACGGCUUCGCUCAGGACCCUCUCAACCAAAAGUUCGGUCAGCAGUGGAAGCACCUUUUCAACGACCUCAUCCACGACUCUGAGGGUAAGCUCGAAUUCAAGCCUCACCUCAUCUCCGACAUUAUGCAGCACAUCCUGCCCGACACCCUCAAGACCAUCUCGUACGUUCCCCUCCCCCGUAUCGAGUACACCGACUCUACUGUCGACCUUGUUGUUGAGAACAUCGCGGCUGCCCCCAUCAACCUGCUGCCAAACGUUGUCGAAUUCGAGGCCAACAACUACUUCAAGGCCUCUGCUUUCAAGAACAUCUCGAGCCGUCACCAGCACUCCUUCAAGCUGGUUUUGGGUCAAAUCCAGCUGGAGAUGCGCGACGUCUACUUCCAGAUGAACAAGAAGACCGGUCUCAAGCUGAAGGAGCACGGCUUUGCCGACAUCUUCCUCGGUGGAAAGGGUCUUACUGUCACUGCUCAGAUCGAGGGCGGCAACGAGCCCCGAGGACGCCGAUCGAGGCACGUCUUUGUCGUCAAGGAGGUCAAGGCCGUCAUUGACAACCUGGACUUCGCCGUCCGAGGCAGCAAGCACGAUGUUGCCAUCAAGAUCCUGCGCCCAUUGGCCAAGUCGAUCAUCAAGAAGUCCAUUGCCAAGGCUGCUGAGGCCGGUAUCCGCGAGGCCCUUGAGAAGCUCGACACCCACCUCACCGAGGCCAGGAACGCCGCCUACGAUGCUGAGAGUGGUAACAAGAUGGACGCUGCCAAGAGCAAGCUGCAGUCUGACAAGCCCCAGCAGGCCAAAGAGGCCGCCGCCAAGGCCGGUACCUUCAAGAUCCCGGUCACCACUCGUGACUCGGUGCUGCCCCAGAUGGGUACCAAGGAGGGAUGGAUCCGAAAGAUCGACGCAGCUCAGGCCAAGGCCGAGGACAGCGGACCCGCCCACAAGCCCGACUGGCACUCGCCCGCCUUCGCCAUUGCCUACAAGUAAUGGCGUCUGCUGCACCCCUCACACGUUCCGUCUAGAGGUUGGACUACCCCAUUUGUUCCUCUCACGGUUCCGUUGUGUUUCACUUCUGGCGCCGCGAU